GGAGGCCUGUGAUGCUGCGCGACCAUCCUCCUCUUCCUCCUCCUCUUCCUCCAGGUCCUCAGGGGCGGAGCCAGGGAUGAGCCAGCAGGAGGUGCAGCGCUAUGAUGGCACAGAUUUCCCUUGGUCCAAAGAGGUGGAACGGCACUUCAAGGACUCGUUUCAUCUCUCCCAGUUCAGACCGCUGCAGCUUCGAGCCAUCAACCUCACCAUGGCAGGCAGAGAUCUGUUCUUGGUGAUGCCCACAGGAAGAGGGAAAAGUCUCUGCUACCAGCUGCCUGCAGCCUGCUCCCACGGUUUCACACUGGUUGUCACCCCCCUGGUGUCCCUGAUGGAGGACCAGAUCAUGUACCUGAAGUCCACUGAUGUUCCAGCUGUUAUGCUGAAUGCAUUCAGCACCAAGGUAACAACCUGA